AUGCUUGCAACAACUUCAAUAGUUCAUCUGUCUGCUGAUCAACAUUUGAAUCAUCGACCCGAUCGAUUGAUCAUCGGUGUUAAAAGAGAAUGA